CCGCCAGAGCAUCGCCCCCCCCUGCCCACCGGCCUGGGCUGUGCCCCCCCUGCAGGAGAAGCAUUUGACAUCAUCCAGGAAUGUGGGAAAAGGUUUAGGAUCCUCUUGGCCAAUCUCCAUCAUCAGAAAAUCCAUCGGGGUGAGAGACCCCAGAGAUGUCCUGACUGCAGGAGACGGUUUAGAGACAGCUCGGAUCUGGUCCAACGGUGACACCAUCACACAGACACCAUGUCCUACACCUGCCCUGACUGCGGGAAAGGUUUUAGCAGGAGAAGUCAUUUUAUCCAGCAUCAACAGAUCCAUACUGGUGAGAAACCCUUUAAAUGUUCCGAGUGUGGGAAGGGGUUUUACCAUAGUUCCCAUUUAUCACAGCAUCGCCGCAUCCACACAGGAGGGAAGCCCUAUAAGUGUCUGGAGUGUGGGAAGGAGUUUACCCAGAGUUCCCAUUUAUCAGAACAUCACCGCAUCCACACAGGAGAGAAGCCCUAUAAGUGUCUGGAGUGUGGGAAGGAGUUUACCCAGAGUUCCCAUUUAUCAGAACAUCACCGCAUCCACACAGGAGAAAUGCCCUAUAAGUGUCUGGAGUGUGGGAAAGAGUUUACCCAUAGUUCCAGUUUAUCAGACCAUCAUCGCAUCCAUAGAGGAGAGAAACCCUAUAAGUGUCUGGAGUGUGGGAAGGAGUUUACCCAGAGUUCCCAUUUAUCACAGCAUCACCGCAUCCACACGGGAGAGAAACCCUUUAAAUGUUCUGAGUGUGGGAAGGAGUUUUCCCGUAGUUCCAAUUUAUCACAGCAUCGCCGCAUCCAUACAGGAGAGAAACCCUAUAAGUGUCUGGAGUGUGGGAAGGAGUUUUCCCAGAGUUCCAAUUUUUCACAGCAUCGCCGCAUCCACACAGGAGAGAAGUUGUAUCCCUGCACUCACUGUGGGAAAGCCUUCAACAACAGCACCUCCUGGAUUCGUCACCAACAUGUCCACACUGGGGAAAAGCCCUACACGUGUCCCCAGUGUGGGAAGGGCUUCACAGCCAGCUCGAGUCUCACCCGACACCUAUUGAACCAUACGGGUGAACGUCCCUAUAAGUGUCCUGAGUGUGGGAAGAGCUUCAGGGUACACUCUGACUUGUUGAGACAUCAGCUACUCCAUAGGGGUGAAAGACCCUAAAGCUGCUCUCAGUGUGAGAAGAGUUUUUACCAGAGCUGCGAUCUCAUCUCUCACCACCAGACCCACCUCAGCCAUCACCAGGAAUGAAGGGGCACGGUCAAGCUUGAGAGUUUCCAUGCUUGGACAUCUUUUUUUACCAGAUAAUGUUGGGAAACUGCCUGGAAGAAAAGAGACGUGUGAGCAAU